UAUCGCGAGAUUUGCCCUAUUGCUUCAGAGGUCAGCUGAUCAUCAGUAAUUCAGUGUAGUGACACCAGCGGCUUGUCACUUUCACACAGCACGCUGACUCGGUACCUCUGAACAACCCAUACUCCCAAAGAUGGCUGACACAAACCAACAAACGCCUCCCCCACCCCAACUUGGGCCUGUGCAAUUUUUAAUGAGUAACAAGCUGGAAACUGCAAUGUGGCUUUCCCGUCUCUUCACAGUCUACUGCUCUGUAAUGUUUAUUCUUCCAAUUUUGGGACCUUAUGCUGCAGCUAACUUCUAUCAGAGAGCCUUGUUAGCGAACGCCCUCACCAGUGCCCUUCGCCUGCAUCAAAGGCUUCCACGCUUUCAGCUGAGCAGAGCUUUCCUGGCCCAGGCUCUUCAGGAGGACAGCUGCCAUUACCUGCUCUACUCACUCAUACUGGUUAACUCCUACCCCAUCACGAUGAGCAUCUUUCCAGUCUUCCUCUUCUCCCUGCUUCACGCAACUACGUACACAAAGAAAGUCCUUGAUUCAAUGGGCCCCAGCAGCCUGAUGUUCAUCAGAAACCUACUUGAUAAACUCACAACCAAUCAGCAAAACAUCCUCAAGUUCAUCGCCUGCAAUGAGAUCUUCUUGAUGCCAGCUACUGCUUUUAUGCUCUUCAGUGGCCAGGGGAGCUUGCUGCUGCCUUUCAUUUACUACAGAUUCCUCACUCUCCGCUACACAUCCAGAAGAAACCCAUACUGCCGCACCUUGUUCACAGAGCUGCGGAUCCUUUUGGAGCACUUCAUCAUGAAGCCCGCCUGCCCCGCCUUCUUCAGGAAGAUGUGCCUCAGCAGUAUCGCCUUCAUCAGCCGUCUCGCCCCCACGGGGGUCUGAUUACUCCGUAAACGUUUCUUUUCUUUAUGUUUUGUUUUUCCAGCAUUUAGGAUGUGACUUACACUUUGGUGGGAACAGACAUUGCCAUCAACAGAAGGAACUGUUUUUUGAAUGUCAACUUUUCAGUCCGUGCUCCGACUUCUCUGUAUGUUUGAGUACAGGUGAAGAGCAGCCAGUAAUGCACUGAAGUCUCACGCUGAUAGUUUCUUCCCCAUCUUCUUAAUGUGACCUCAUUGAAGCAGUGGACACUCCUCACUUUAUGUUCACUGAGCAGAGCAUAGCAGACAUCAGCUGUGUCUUGUUUUUAUCAGCUGUUAUUUUUUCCUUCUAUGACCUUAUUUAUUCAUGAAAUUGCAUAUUCUAUGAUGAAACAUUAACAUUCUGAGAUUAGUUUCCUUAAUAAAAAUGUGAUUAUUGCGUAUGCUCUUGAUUUUCAGUAAUGAUCUCAAGAUUGGAUAGAUGGAAGAUGGGGUUUGUUUGCUGUUUCUACAUUGUCCAGUUAGUUUUUUUAUGUGUGAGGCACGUGAUGCUCUGAUUUGUCUAAAUGCCUAACUAUAACUGUAUUCUAUUAAUGCCAUGAACUCACUCUUAACAACUUGCAUAUUCUAUGAAGGUAUGACAUCCUGGGUGAUGGAACUGAGAGACAAGAUUUCUGCUGUUUUUUAUAGAAUAUUUAAAGGUACCCAAUAUGUUGCAGUAGGAUUCAUUUUUUAAAUGAGUUGCUCAACGCAUGUCAUGUUUCUGUAUGCAUUCAGACUUUCUUUCUGGGUUUGAAUGCUGUUUUGGGUAUCUAAUUCAUUUGUGCUAUGUAGCUUCCUUGCUUGAUGCAUGCUAUGAUUUUAUUUUCAUGUCCAAUGUGUUUAUUUGCCUACAAACAAACCACAUUUUAUAUGAUAUGAUUAAAAUGAUCUCUUAAUUAAACCAAUAAAUAAUAAAGAACAAAUAAGAA